CCAGUGAAUAUGUCAAAAUAUGUUAUCAAUUGUAUUGUAUUCUAACCUAUUUUAUUGAAAAACAUCAACAUCGCAGGAGUCUAUUGAAGUACUUAUAUCUUUUCCGGGACAGAUUGUUUUAAACAAACCCAGUUAUUUUUUUUUUCCAGCUUUAAAAAGCAAUCAAGCACAAUGGGAGAACGAAAGGGAACAAAUUUGUACUAUCCACCGGAUUAUGAUCCCCGUGCCGGUGGUCUUAAUAAAUUCCUAGGUACUCACGCAUUGCGUGAGCGGGCCCGCAAGCUACACAUGGGCAUUUUAAUUAUACGAUUUGAGAUGCCCUAUAAUAUAUGGUGCAAUGGAUGUGGGAAUCAUAUCGGCAUGGGUGUUAGAUAUAAUGCGGAAAAAAAGAAGGUUGGAAUGUAUUAUAGCACCCCGCUCUAUCAAUUUCGCAUGAAGUGUCAUCUCUGUGACAAUCAUUUUGAAAUAAAAACUGAUCCUGCUAAUCUGGAUUACGUCAUAGUGAGUGGUGCAAGACGUCAAGAGAAUCGAUGGGAUCCUAAACAGAAUGAGCAAGUAGUACCUGAAACAAAAGAAGUCUCAUGCAGAUUGUAUGACGAUGCAAUGUAUAAGUUAGAGCAUGGUAUAGAAGAUAAGAAAAUAGCCAAAUCUCGAAAUUCAGCAUUGGAAGGUGCAAUAGCCUUAAAUGAAAAUAUUUGGAAAGAUGAUUACAGCUCAAACUGUGCAGUGAGAGCCUUAUUUCGGGAUAGAAAAAAGGAACUUCAGAAGAAGCAAGCUGAAGAUCAUGCAUUACUAAAAAAGACUGGAUUAGAUAUUAAUUUGGUAAAUGAACAUGAGGAUGAUAUCAAACUAGCAAAAUUACUGACUCAUAAGAAAGGUGCAAAGAAACAAGAAGGUGUGGAAUUGAAACGAUUAGUUUCGAUUAUACGAUCUAAAAAUAAAAAAAAGAUAUCUUCGAAUGACCGAUUAAAACUACAAAGCCAGGAAUCACCAAAAACACAGGAAAUAACGAAUAAUGCUACUAUCUCCAAAACUAGUAGUUCGAAUAUAUCUCUAGUCAAUUAUGAUAGUUCCAGUACCGAUAGUGAUACUUAGUAUUUUAUAU